AUGGACCACAGGAAGAGGAAUAAUGCUUCGAAAGUUUAUGUAGUGUUUCGUGGUAAGAGGCCUGGAUUGUACAAUUCUUGGCAUCGGUGUGCUCCUAUGGUUAUUGGUGUCAAGGGCAGCAUCUUCAAGGCCUUCAAAACGUAUGAUGAAGCCAUAGCAGCUUUUAAUGAGUUUAGAAAUGGAUCUCAAACUGAUAAUAUAUCGGCAUCUAAGGUGUAUGUGGUAUUUCGUGGUAAAAAGCCAGGAUUAUACAACUCUUGUGAAGAACAAUCUUCAAAUUCGUGUGUUGAUGAAAGUGCUAUGUCAUCUGUGUUGUUAGCUGGAAUGUUUGUAGGGAUGAAAAUUUCAAAAAAUUGUUCAGUUUGA